GAAGGCCCAUAAAUGAUCCAUUUUUUGACGAAUCAUACAAAGUUUGUAAAGUGUUUCAACGUAAAGGAAUAACAGUCGAAGACGAGGAGGAACUAUGCCAUAUGCCGUCAGUUUUUACUUGAUAUGAAGCAAUUUCCAUGCAACGUUCCUGGAUGCAAAGCAAUAUUUGAAACCUUGUUGGAUUUUGAAAUGCAUUAUAAUAGUAUGCACCGUUAUGUUUGUACAGAAUGUAAAAAGAGUAGACCCAAUGCUAGACUAUUGGAAAUUCAUAUACAGGAAAAUCAUGAUAGCUUCUUCAAGAUAUUGGCAGAACGGCAGCCCAUGUUUCAAUGUUAUGUUUCCGAAUGUGAACUUAAAUUCAAUAACCCCUGUGAAAGAAAAGAACACUGUAUAACUGUACAUAAAUUCCCUAAGAAUUUUCGUUACGAUGAAACGGUACAUCAUAAAGAUAAAGAUCCUUUUAAGAACCACAUGGAAAUUGAUCCACCCAAGGAGACACAGCAGCAAAAGACCAAAAAAAUUGUGCAUAAUUUAAGUAAAAAUCAAAAAUGCAAAACGUUCACAGCUAUUCCUAAAAGUAGCAUACCGGACAAUACAAAUACUGUUCCUGCGAACAAACAGUCUGAUACUCCUAUUAAUAGCAAAUCAUCCUUGACAUUUAUUCCUCGUCAAGUUCAGAAAUCUUACUCAAAGCUACUUACGAAUAAUCAGAAUAGAGAGAAAAAUGUUUUAGAAACUGACAAUAUGAUGGACUUGGUUGAGUCUCUUCCAAAAUAGUUUUUUUUGUUAUGCGUAUUAUUGUAUAUUGUGUCCAUUAUUUUAGUCCUUUAUAUCGUAUUAAAUUAUUAUAAAAGUAGAGAAUUUUCCUUCGUCAAACUUUCCUCUCCACAGUAAUUAACAUUAUGUUAUUGUAAUUGAAAGACAAAGUCUGUGAUAUACAUAUCUGCAAAAAGUCAAAAGAAGGGAUAAUAUUUUACAAUGAUAAGUACCAAUUCAUUUUAAAAAAUGUUCAGUUUUAUUAUAAAUAUAUCUUAAAUAUU